GCUUUUUACUCGCCGAGUCGCAAAAGGAUCGCGAUUUAUUCUUUUGUUUUCUCUUUCCUUCUUACCCCGGUUGGCUGUGGUUAAGUUUUCGGAUGGGACCCACAGCGAUCCGUCCUCACCGUAAAGGCCGUUUAUAUAAUCGCCCUGGACGGCAACCCUCCCGCUACAUCUGCAUCUCUCUCUUUCUCUCUAGCUGUUUGUGGAUGCCGGAUGGCAGAAUGCUAGACGUGGUGAGGUACCUUACCGGCGCCGUGGGGCCGAGCGGCUUCGGCUCCAAGUCUACGGCCGAGCAGGUAACGGAGGCCAGCCCGUUCUCCCUGCUUUCGUCAACCGCCAUCAUCACCGGAGCGACGUCAGGGAUCGGCGCGGAGACGGCUCGGGUGCUGGCGAAGCGUGGGGUGAGGCUCGUCCUGCCAGCUCGGAACGUGAAGGCGGCGGAGGAGACGAGGAGCCGGAUCAGGGAGGAGACGCCGAGUGCCGAGGUCAUCGUCAUGUCUCUGGAUCUCAGCUCCAUGGCUUCCGUGAGAAGCUUCGUCGCCGAGUUUGAACGUCUCGGUUUGCCUCUCAAUAUCCUCAUAAAUAACGCCGGGAAAUUUUGCCACCGGCGUGCCGUGUCAGAAGAUGGCAUAGAGAUGACGUUCGCUACUAAUCAUCUCGGGCAUUUUCUGUUGACCAAGCUACUGCUGAAGAAGAUGAUCCAAACGGCGGAGGUCUCCGGAGUGGAAGGACGGAUAGUGAACGUUUCUUCUAGCAUACAUGGCUGGUACGACGGCGACGACGUUACGUGUGAGGAAUUGACGCGCCAAAAGAAGAGAUACGACCCUACGCGGGCGUACGCUCUCUCGAAGCUGGCGAACGUUCUUCACGCCAAAGAGCUAGCCAAGAGGCUCAAGAAGUUGAACGCGAAUGUUACCGCGAACUCCGUGCACCCCGGUAUAGUACGGACUCGGCUCACCCGAGAACGAGAAGGAUUCAUCACAGAUCUGGCCUUCUUCUCUGCAUCGAAGCUCUUGAAAACGAUCCCGCAGGUGAUGAUCCCUCUGUCUCCCGGUUACGAUCCUUUCGAUAUUCCUUUUCCUAAACUCGCAGGAUUUCUGGUUCGAUGUCUCAGGCCGCAGCGACGACGUGUUACGUGGCGACGCACCCUAGGGUCUCCGGCGUCUCCGGUCGGUACUUCGCGGACUGCAACGAGGCGUCGACGUCGAGGCUGGGGGCCAGCGAGACCGCGGCCGUCCGGCUGUGGGAGAUCUCGGAGGAGCUGACUACGGCGACGCCGGAGCGUCACGUUGUCCGCUCCUGCUGAAGCCACGCACCGGUCGGUUGCGCCUCCCUCGGCCGUUACAACCGCGAAGGAAUCUCUCCUUCCCUCUGGACGAAAGGGGUGAGAGGACGUACUUGGCGGGCGGGCGGGCGGUGGGAGCAGCUCUGCCGCACGGAUCGAGUCGCAACAAAAAAAAUCUCCCGGUACCGUAUCAUUUGGAGGAACCAAAAAGAAAAAUUAAAAAAAAAAAAAAAAAAAGAGAGGCGCUUAGGGAAGGACACGUAAACCCGUGGCUUCUCUUGCAGGCUUCGUGUUGUACAAAAACGCAGCUUCUGAUCUUAUAUGUACAUACGUUUACUACCUUC